AUGCUUGUGCUUUUGGUUCAACAAGGAUUAUUUAUUGAUCAGCACUUUGAUCAGGACUUGAACUUUUACGCUACAGAGGAGAACACUGUUGGUGGGAAGAUGAUGAAGAGAACAAUUGUAAAUGUAAAGCCAAAAGAUUUUGGUUCAGUUAUUCAAUGUUACCCUGGAGAAAAUCCCAAGAUGCUAGCUUAUUUCAGGGAUCUCUUAGAUAAAAUGUUCAUCCUUGAUCCCGAGAAGAGACUGACUGUGUCACAUGCAUUAGCUCACCCAUUCAUCACUGGCAAGUGA